GCUCCAGCUUCAUUCGUCUCUUUUCCUCACCCUUUUCUGUCUCGAUCUUUGCGAGCUCCAACUUGGGUGCUUCAGGUGUUUAUUUCUUCCCGCGAACCGGCGGUGGCGGUCAAGGAAGAGUGGGGGCUGAUAUUUCCGGUUGCUUCCGGAAAUGUGAGAUGGAGUCCUUCUUUCCUGGCGAUCUCUGGAUGAUUGGUGUUGGAUGCCCACUUUCUCUUUGCAUGGCGGUUGAUGAAACCUUGGUCUUAAAACAUUACCCAUCAUAGUUAGCAUUCAAGGCUUAUCUAGCUUCUACAAUUAAAGGUGAAGCUUUAGUGUUAUUUUUAGCAGUCAUCUCAAGAAUGGCUACAGUCCCAGCAUUGACCACCUUCAGAACCAUAUGCAUUUGACCAACUGCAUACAUUUGCAGAGCCACAUGCACCACGGCACCCCCUACUUUCCAGAGAGAUCCCUCAAGAGGGAUCUCCUUAUGCUCCAGAAAUCUAAGUAUCUGAAAGAUCCCUCCACCAGGCCUGCUUCACGCUCUCCUUAUUUUGUGGCCAAUUUUGCUAGGGAAGCUGCAAAAGGUGGUUCAAAGAAUGGUAGGAGGAAGUCUAUAGGAGCCAACCGUGUAAGAGAGGUUGGCCAAUCAUUCAAAAUGUCACCACUUUUUGGGUGCAUUGCAACCGCAAAGGUUGCUGCUGAUGAAGCAGCCAACGAAUAUGAUUUUGAGCAAAGAGAUAGGAUCACUAAGACAAGUAAAGAGGAAGAUAUGACUAGAAGUUGGGAGAGUGAUAUUUCCUCUGGAAAUCAGGUUUCUCUGUGGGGCAUGCCACACAAAGAUGUAGAGUUAGUGAAUAGGGAACUCAAUAAGCAAACAAAAGAUCAGAUUCUUCACCCAAAGGUACUCCUAGAGAAUUUGGAAGAAGUUUCCUAUCUGGCAGGAAACUUUUGCCGGAAGCCUUCUGAUUUGUUUCUGAACGGUAAACAUGAGAGUGCUGUGAGAACCAAUGACGAACAAGAAGGAAGAAUUGGUGACAGCUAUUACCAUUUGGAAAGACAAAGGAAGUUUAGGCUGAAAGGUUCAAGGCAAACACGAGUAUCUGCUGAUUCAAGAGGUAUUGGUGCUUACCAUAAGCCAAUAGAUUUAUCAGGUCCAGUAGCCAAAGAGUCUAUGAAUGAUAAAGGUUAUCUGGAUGACUUAGAAGAGGAUAAUGUACUGGAGGUUUCAAAAGAUCCGAGAACUGUCUGUCGGAUUCCUUGGAAUUGGUCUAGGAUUCAUCAAGGCAAAACAUUUCUUGAUAGAUCUGGGAAAAGUUUAUCUUGUGGGAUGUCUGAUUCUAGAAUGAAGAGGCAUAGUGGAUCUGUUUCACAAAUAGAAGGAAAUGCUUCAAACCUGGCCACAGCAUCUGAUCAUUUCACUUCAUCAUCAAGUCCAGAAAUACCAUUACUUUAUGGUGCACAGGAAUCACAAGGUAGUGGUUCUAAUCAUUUUGUGCCUAAAGAUUAUUCAGGAGAGCUAGAAUUUUUUUCUAAUCAUUGUUCUAGAGAUGAUGAGGAAUGUAACCUUGUAUCUACAGCAAGAUCCUGUCAGCAGAGAUCUCGACGCUGUGGGCAUGGAAGACACAGAAGUUUGUUGCAGAAAUACAUGCCAAAAACCUUCAGAGAUUUUGUUGGACAUAGUUUGGUUGUCCAAGCUCUUUCUAGUUCUAUUUUGAGAGGGAAAAUUGGGCCGGUUUAUGUCUUUUAUGGUCCUCGUGGGUCAGGGAAAACAUCUUGUGCACGAGUAUUUGCUAAAGCUUUGAACUGCCGCUCUCUGGAGCACCCCAAGCCUUGUGAUGCCUGUAGCUCUUGUAUCUCAUAUAACCUAGGUAAAAGCAGAGAUGUGCUGGAACUUGGACCCAUCAGUAACUUCAAUUUCAAAAGCAUAAAUGAGAUCUUCAAGAACCUGAUGCUCUCACCAAAAUUAUGCUCACACAGAGUUUUUAUUAUUGAUGAUUGCUAUAGAUCACUGUCUAAGUUAUGGAGUGUCUUAUCAAAGGUCAUUGAUCAAGCACCACGACAUGUGGUUUUUGUCCUUAUCUGUUCCAAUCUUCAUUGCAUACCUCAUAUUAUCCUAUCCAGGUGUCAGAAGUUCUUCUUUCCAAAAUUGAAAGACUCUGAUAUCAUGUCUACUUUGGAAUGGAUUGCAACAAGUGAAGGAUUAGAAAUUGAUAAGGAUGCUCUGAAACUUAUAGCAUCACAAUCAAAUGGUUCAUUGAGAGAUGCCGAGAUGACUCUUGAUCAACUAAGCUUGCUUGGGAAAAAAAUUUCUCUUCCACUUGUUCAGGAGUUAGUUGGUUUAGUGACUGAUGAUAAAUUGCUGGAUUUACUUGAUAUGGCAUUAUCUGCAGACACUGUGAACACUGUGAAGAGCUUAAGAGAACUUUCUGAAAGUGGGGUGGAUCCUGUCAUGCUAAUGUCACAGCUUGCAACUAUAAUUACUGAUAUUUUGGCUGGUAGUCAUGUCUUUACACAAGAAAAACUACGGGGGAAUUUUUUUUGCCGGCUAACUUUGUCCAAAGAAGAUAUAGAGAGAUUGCGCCAGGCUCUAAGGAAGCUCUCUGAAGCUGAAAAACAAUUGAGAGUUUCCAAUGACAAACUUACUUGGUUGACAGCAGCUCUUCUUCAAAUUGCACCAGAGCAGCAAUAUCUUCUACCUAGUUCAUCAGGUAGGAGUUCUAGCGGUGAUCAAGUGAUUAUGAGAGACAAACCUAGGAGUUCCACCAACAAGCAGGACGAGAUGCAAUCUGGGCAUAGGAGUUUUGCAGAAGGGGCUGUUCAGGAGCAUUAUAACAGUAAAGGUGUUGGUGAUAGAAGUUGCAGCGUUACAGUGGCUAAUGGGGCACUUCGUGGCCAACAGACUGAAAGUGAUUUUAUAUGCUCAGAUGAAGCCACUGGAAAAAGUAUCAUGCACUCUGGCAAGAAACAUGGUGAUACUGAAAAGAUAUGGAAGGAAGUACUAGAACAUAUAUCAUCAGAUGCAUUGAGACAAUUUUUAUAUGAUGAAGGGAAUCUAAACUCAGUUAGCCUAGGUGCUGCUCCCACUGUGCAGUUGAUAUUCAGCUCAAGAACAAACAAAUCCAGAGCUGAAAAGUUUGAAGGGUAUAUUUUACAAGCAUUUGAAUCUGUUCUUGGAUCUCCAGUAACACUUGAAAUGAGUAGCAAAUCUAGCUUCAAUGCUACCUCAAAUCAGGCUGCUUGUUUCUGUAGCUUUGAUAGUGCUUCUUCUAAGGCAAUAAAAAAACCACAUUCGAUGAAGAAGCAAAAUUCACUUUACUCUGUCUCUGAUGAUCUUAAAGGAAAAUUUACAGAGGCAAAUGUUCUUAGAAAAAUAGGCUCCAAUCGACCUAGAUGGCUGGGUGCUGGUCCCCACAUCAUGAAAGAAGGUGAAAUCAUUGAAGCAGGAUCUCCUGAACAAAGAAAUAAAUCUCUGGGAAUGCAAAAAAUUGUGUGCGCACGGGAAGAAGCAUCAACUUCACAACAUCAUGCUAAUUUGAGUUCUUCCUCAGAGUGGAAGGAGAUUGAACAGAAACAAAUAAAAAGCUUAGUCAGAGGCAAGGUCUCCCUGGCACAUGUUCUUCAGCAGGCAGAAGAUUGUUCCCAUCAAGGUCGACGGUCAAGAUGCAAAGCCAUGUCAAUAGCAAAAAAGCUUGAACAGGAAAACCUGUGAGUAGUUUAUAGUAUUUUUGCUAACCUUUUAUGAAUAUAUUCCUAUUGAGAAUCUUUCUAAUGAAGAAGAUUACCAAGAAGAAUGACAGUCCUAUGCAAACAACAACCUUUGACCAUUCUGUAAACCCUUUCUAAAUCAGUAAAUGUGUACUUUUCCAAAGGGAAGUUAACUUGUAGUUUUUUGUUAAAAUUAUUUAAUACUGAGCAAAUAACGCAUGAGGCAGUAUGAAAGAUGAAUUUGUGCUGUAGGAAUGCAGUCAAAUCAUUUCAUUUGGACCUUGGUUUUGAUAAACAGUAGUUAUGGUGAAGUAGGUCUGGUUAUUAAUAUUACCUACAACAAAGGAUGCAUGUUUGUUAAAAGUGAACAAGGAGGGUGGGUCGAUUUCUGUGGAAGGUAAAGUGAGAUUUUGUAAUGGGACCAUAAAUGAGGCAAUGAUUGUGUAAUUUGAUGUGGCCUGACAACAAGGAACCAGACAAGCAGUUUCCUAGGUUUGGGUUCUAGUUUGAUUUAACACGAAUCCUUGAUCUAAAAUCGGCUAGACAAUUUGAGAUGAAUCAUAGUAAUAGCUAUAUACCUAAUUUAUGCAUUUGUAUUCACCGUGUGUAAAAUGUAGAUGACAGUGACAAGAGUUGCAUGGUUGCAAAGUACAAUUUUGAUUUAUGUUUUGCAGAUUUUCAUUAGACAUGAAUAGUGUUUAUUUGAACAUUCUCAUCUCUGAUUUUAGUUUCAUUCAACAUCAAGUUUCUACAAUUUUGUGUAGUUAUCCUGGUAUAAAAGCGAUCAGUGAGAAUGUAGAUUAGUAUGCAUGACUAAAAUUCCUUGUAAAACGUUUUUUUGUUUUAGAUUGUGUACAACCCUACUCUGAAUUUAUCUUCUCAGCACUAGCUUCUUUAAAUUUACUGAAUUUUGCAGGAGAUUAGAGCCUAGAUCAAGAAACUUGUGUUGCUGGAGAGCUACUAGGGCAACUCAAGGAAAGGUAAUUGACAUUAAUUUUGUGUACAAAUACCUAGCCUUCUUAUAAAUAUAGCAGUUACAUGCAUUGUACAUGAGGAAUACGAGCUGUCACACCCCGGAGGUAUAUUUGUCCGACGGCACGGACGAUACCCUUUGUGACAAUAUUUGAUACAACAUGAUACAACCCACACAACUGGAAAUAAGUACAUCAAAAUACAGGCCACACGACUAGAAUAAUAAAUACAGCGGAAGAUAAUAAUAAUACGUAGCCUACACGAUUGGUAAAAACAUAACCAUGCAAGAUAAACUGUCUAAACUACGUAUCGGUACGACUUACCACAAUAAUUAUAUAACCAAAUAAAAGGA